AUGGCGCGAAAGACUCGUUCCCAAGCAGCAGCAACGGGCAAUGCAAACAAUGCAACGGGUUCUCAGAAAGCACCGUCUCAGUUCCCUCCUAUAUCGCCAAAGCGACGUCUUCAGUCUCGUGCACUCUUGGAGGACCAGAUAAUCUUGGUCGAUGGCUUCAUGACACCCGAAGAAUGCAAGCGUUAUGUGCACUUCAUUGACAGCCAGUCGUUAGAGCUCACGCCGCCGAAGAAGAGGGGUGAGGCAGAGCGAGUGAAUUACAGGAUGUCUGUGACUUCGGCGGAUAUGGCCGAACAGUUCUAUACUCUGUUCUCCCCGCACCUCCCUCCGUUCCCAUACCCUGCCUCGCUCAAGCGGGACGGCGAGGAGGCGCGUCCGGUGCACUCGUUCAAUUCGAACAUACGGAUGUACAAGUACACGCCAGGCCAACACUUUGGCUGUCACUACGAUGACUCCGUGCGCGACCCGCAGAAUGGCGCGAAGUCGGAGUGGACGCUACUCGUGUACCUGACAGGUAUUGAGGACGGGGUCAAGGGUGGCGAGACGAUAUUCUACACGGGUCAAAAAGGUAAGAGGGGCACAGAGGUGAUUACUGCCCCGUUGACCAAGGGAACGGCCUCUUGCAUCGGUACAUCCUGCAUUUACAAUCCGACACAGACGCGUACUCAUCAACGACGUCUUCAUAGACACGGUCACGAGUGUUUGCUGCACGAAGGCUCGCCAGUCAUCUCCGGCACCAAGUACAUAUUACGUUCCGAUCUGAUGUUCAUAGACUAG